AUGAAUAACUUUACAGUUAGAGUACGUCAAUUUUUAAACAAUCCUCUCUUAGCCAGAAAGCAGUUUGUUGUUGAUGUUAUUCAUCCAUCAUUGGGAGGAGUUAGCAAGUCUGACUUGAAAGCCAAGCUAGCUAAGUUAUACAAGGUUCAAGAUGCGAACUGUAUUGUAUUAUUUGGUUUCAAAACUGCCUUUGGUGGUGGAAGAUCCUCAGGUUUCUGUGUAAUAUAUAAUAAUAUCAGUGCCUUGAAGAAGUUUGAACACAGAUAUCGUCAAGUCAGAAUGGGUAUUGCUGAGAAAAUUACAGCAACUGGACGUAAGGGUAGAAAAGAAACUAAGAACAGAAGAAAGAAGGUUAGAGGUACCGAAAAAGCUAAGAUAUCUGGUGGAAAAAAGUAA